CAUCAUUUGAGAUUGAUUCCUGCCUUUGUGAUUGCAUUCCAUCGCCUACACUCUCUUAUCAAAAAGUUUGUUUAAUAAAUGUAAUUCGUUUUGAGUUCUAGACGGAUAUUUUCUUCACACCUCAUGAUUUUGUAGCCUCUUGUGAGAGGGAGUAAAACGUUACUCACACUGGCAUAAUUUCCAGAGGACUGGUUUUACUGAUACGCAGGAAGAAAAGUUUUGUGUAGCUCGACAGCUAACGUUUGUGUUUAGUUACCUUUAUUUCAUCAAACACAUGAAUUAAUUGUAACGUAAGGAGUUUAAUGUAUGAAUUUAUUGAAUGAAUAUUAGUUUAUCGUAAAUGUUGUCAAUCGUGUUGUGUCAUUAACUUACUGAACGUAACUAGAGUUCAAGGCACAGCCAGUAACGCUAACUGCUGAGGUUGCGACAGGAGCAGAUAGCGAGCUAACUACCAGUCAUGGCAGACUCGAGCAACAACCACCCGAAGACCCUCAAUUUUAAUGUGGGGGUACUUGGGCAUGUCGACAGCGGGAAGACGUCGCUUGCCAGGGCGCUCAGCAGCACAGCGUCCACGGCUGCCUUUGACAAGAACCCCCAGUCCCGAGAGAGAGGCAUCACUCUGGAUCUCGGCUUCUCCUCCUUCAACACGGACCUCCCCGAGCAGCUGCGGGAGGACCCCGGGGGCCACGGCUACGACAACCUGCAGUUCACGCUGGUGGACUGUCCUGGACACGCGUCCCUCAUUCGCACCAUCAUUGGGGGGGCUCAAAUCAUAGACUUGAUGAUGCUGGUGGUAGACGUGGUGAAGGGGAUCCAGACCCAGACAGCAGAGUGUCUGCUGAUAGGAGAGCUGACCUGCCCCCGCAUGGUGGUCAUUCUCAACAAGACUGACCUGCUGCCGCCCAACAAGAGACAGACCGCCAUCGACAAGAUGACCAAGAGACUGCACAAGACACUGGAGAACACCAGAUUUAAAGACUGUCCUGUGAUUGCCUUGUCAGCAAAGCCUGGGGGUCCUGAGGCCCCUGAAACAGAGGAGCCACAUGGAGUGCCUGAGUUAAUAGAGUUGUUGAAGAGCCAGACGUACCUCCCUCACAGAGAUCCGGGGGGAGCUCUGCUGAUGGCUGUGGACCACUGCUUCUCCAUCCGUGGUCAGGGCACAGUCAUGACUGGAACCAUCCUACAGGGGGCGCUGGCUGUCAAUGACACUGUGGAGAUCCCUGCGCUCAAGGUGACCAAGAAAGUGAAGUCAGUUCAGAUGUUCCGGCGGCCGGUGGCUGGGGCCAUGCAGGGUGACCGGGUGGGCGUGUGUGUGACCCAGUUUGACCCUAAACUGCUAGAACGGGGGGUGUUGUGUACCCCUGGUUCCCUACACACCCUCCACGCAGCCAUCAUCUCUGUCAGAAAGAUUGGCUACUUCAAGGGUUCCCUGGCCACCCGUGCCAAGUUCCACAUCACCGUGGGACAUGAGACUGUCAUGGCCAGGGUCACCUUCUUCGGUCUGCCCCCUGGAGAGACCCACCAGACCUCCACUACGGACCCCCAGCUACCCACCUCAGACCCCCACGCCUCUGAGCCAUCCCUUAGACCCCUGGACACACCCUUCUCUUUUGACCGGGAGUACUUCCACCAGGAUGAGUAUGUGAUUGGCCAACGGGAGGCCGGCGGGGCGGGACAAGACCCGGAGCAGUGGGCGCUGCUGGAGUUUGAGCAUCCGGUCACAUGUCCCACUCUCUGCCUGGUGAUUGGCUCCAAGCUGGAUACAGACAUUCACGCCAAUGUGUGCCGACUGGCGUUCCAGGGGCGUCUGCUGGAGGGUUUUGAGGAGAAGAGCUACUCUGAGACUACACUACUCAGACUACGUAUCUACAAGACCAAACACAAGGAGGGACAGGUGGAGAGGGUGACAGACGACUACACUGUGAUUGGCCGAAAUCUCUUCAAGAAGGAGACCAACCUGCAGUUAUUUGUGGGGUUAAAGGUCACGCUGUCGACCGGCGAGGAGGGGGUCAUCGAGGGCGGCUUCGGACAGAGCGGGAAGUUUAAGAUCCGGGUGCCAGAAUCAGGAUGUGGUGUGCUGGGAAUCCCUCUCCAGGAUCCUCUGGAGGUAGCUCUGGUUCCGGGGAAAGUCUGCACCCUGUUUAUUUGACCUUCUGUCGCUCCUCUCACCUCCGACCCACAGAUAGGCUUCACACUGGGCCCGGCGGGAAGAGAAAACUAAAACAUUUAGAAAGACAACCGUACCUACUUCCUCUCAACUCACUCACACUGGCGUACACACUCACAAACAUGCUCUUAUAUAUACACUGACAUACUUGGCUAGUCACUUAAGACAUUCAGCAUGCUCAUUGCUCAGUCACUCUCAUAGUUUGCCCUCUGCUGUGUGUUCUUCUGACCUCUCGCUACUCUGGGUGUGCUUGUGUGUGCUCCCUUUCUCUCAUUGUUUUUUGCCCCUUCAGGGCAUAUGAUUCAAAAUGGAGAAAGUGAGGGAGAGAAGGGAAAAGAGGGCUAGUUAGAUUUGAGUCUUUGAAGGCCCCCCAGACCCCUCACAACCUCCCCCUUCACACACACUACUGUCCAAUUCCCCCCAGCAACCCGCUCUGACCCCAAACUCAUCCCCUACAAGCCCCUUAGGGCCACCAGCCUGGCACUAGACAGCUAUUCUAGAGGAGGAGAGAGAGAUGGAUAGAUUUUGGGAAAGGAGCAGAGGGGGAUAUCGGACCCGAUUUAAAGAAAAAUAUUAAAAAAUACAUUUUUUAAUUUUUUAAAUGGGGACCUGAACGGACCCGAGAACAAUCAGGUCCAUUCGGGUUCAGGUUCGAUACAACCAGACCUAGACCCGGCCUGUACCCGAUAAAAACAUGUUUAUGAUAAAAACAUGUUUAUCAACCAAGUUGAUCUUCUGGUGGGUCCACCUAUGGGUCCACUCUGUUCUAUCAGCUGUAGUUGCAUAGACCCAAUGACAAUCAAACAGGACCCGACCUGGACCCGAGGGAAAAGUUAGAUUUAUGAAUCCAGACCCUCUCGGGUAUUCAGGUUACAUUUUACAUUUGAGUCAUUUAGCAGACGGUCUUAUUCAGAGCGACUUACAUACUUACAUACAUACAUACAUCGGACUUCUACUUUGUCUAUGUGAUAUGUCAGCCUGUAAUUAAAAGGAUAAAAUGCAUGUUCAUUAUGUUUGUUUAAUGCAAAAAAAAAAACUUGUUAUACGUUUGUGGUGAUAGCUUUAGGGGGAUCAUUUAAUAUUUUUAGUAA